AGGGCGGGGGAGGGCGGGCGGCAGCCCAGAGCCGCGGCCACUGGGCACCGCCACGGACUCUGACUCGCUCUGCUCCACCUGGCGGGACACCCCGUGUGCAGAGGAACUGGUCCCCGGCAACAUGGUUUCCGCAGUGGCGCCCAGCCUCGCCGUGUCUCUGCUGCUGCUGCUGCGGGUCCUGCCCACGGCAUCCUACUCCGUGUCCCUGCAGGCCGGCUUCCUUGAGGACACGGGGGGCAGCGGGGAGGCCGAGGGCUCGUCGGCCUCCUCCCCGAGCCUCCCGCCGCCGCAGACCCCGGCCCUCAGCCCCACGUCGGUGGGGCCCGAGCCCACGCCCCUGGCGGGCCCUAAGCCCCCCACCAACUUCCUGGACGGCAUCGUGGAUUUCUUCCGCCAGUACGUGAUGCUCAUCGCCGUGGUGGGCUCCUUGGUCUUCCUGCUGAUGUUCAUCGUCUGUGCGGCUCUCAUCACCCGCCAGAAGCACAAGGCCUCUGCCUACUACCCCUCGUCCUUCCCCAAGAAGAAGUACGUAGACCAGAGCGACCGCGCGGGGGGCCCCCGGGCCUUCAGCGAGGUCCCCGACCGGGCUCCCGACGGCCGGCCUGAGGAGACCCUGGAUUCCUCCCAGCAGCUCCAGGCUCACAUCCUCGCCGCCACCCAGAACCUCAAGUCUCCCUCCAGGGCCGCCCCAAGCAGUGGAGACGUAGCCAGGGCACCAGAGGGCAGAUCAGAGGAAGAGGAGAAAGGCCCCCGGGAGGUGGACCUGGAAGCCCAGGGACGUGCGCUUCUGGCGGAUAAACCCGAGGUGCCUCCUCUGCCGGAGGAGCCCUGCUCAGUGGAGGCGGAUGCAGCUGUAGGCGCCGCGGCAGCCGCUGAAGGUCAAGGAGAGCCAGAGGUGGCUCCCUUACUCGCCCAGGAAGCCGGGGGCCCAGCUGGUCCCCCCGAAAACCCCUGUGCUUGCGGCAGUGUCCCCCCCAGCAUCUAACUGCCCCCUCUCGAACUGCGGGCCCUGACUGUUGGACCCCUAGCGGUCACCUUGGGCAUAGAAAGGCCCUUGGUCCCUACCGCGCUCUGACCUCCCUGCUUCCCCGGCCACUCCCCGCUGCAGAUCCCAGCGUGUCUGACCCUACUACAGUGGGCGGAGAUGCUGGUCUCUGUCCCACCUCAGGAAUCUCACAGACUUCCAGAACAUCUGUCCCCGCAGCCCCAAGGGGCUCAUCCGAAAGGCACAGCUCCUCUAGGGGCUGGGACUGGGAGGGGGGUGUCCCAGUCACAGACGCAUCCGCUGGGAAACAGAAGUCUCAGGUCCCUUGUGACAGCGCCGACUCCGCUGCUUUCCAUCAAGGCAGAAAAGAGGAACAGAAUAGACAUUUUGGAAGAGGUUGAAUGAAUGGGGAGACGCACAGGGGCCUGGAGGUACCACAGAAGAUCCAUCAGGAGGUUUCUGUGAGGGGCCCCUGCGCACAGCACGGGCAUUUCCCAAACUGGCUUCCCUGGAAGAAGGACUUUGAGGGCCAAUGAACGAGUCGAGGAAACAUUGCUUCUCUGCUCUGCGCACCGCCUCUCCCCUCACCCGCCCAACGGAAGUCCUCCAAGGCUCUGACAAGUCCUGCAGUAAAGGCACCCAUGGAAUCCGGUUUCGCUUAGCCUUUCCCAAACUGCUUUUGACCGUGGAAUACUUUUGUUUUUGUUUUACAGCUACAGAGUAAAAUCCUGCAGAGAACACUCUGGAAGUUACUGCUCUAAAUGUUCCACAGGGUGCCCCCUCCCCAGUUCCAGGGUGAGGGUGGUGGGGUUUGGGGUCUCAGCCUCUCAUCCUGCUACUUACUGCUGUGGGGAUGGGGCAAGUGAAGUUCACCUUUCUUGCCAGGGACUCCAAGCGACCUAGAAGCCGGCUGGGAGGUGCUGUGUGUGAGGGGACCCCAUUCUAGGAGGGGUCUGAAGGUAUGGGGGAGGGCUUCCGACACCCAGGCUGGAAGCAGGGGUCCAUGGCCCCCCACCCUUCACACACACACACACACACACACACACACACACACCUGGCAGCCUGUGCCCACAGCAUUCUUUAGUCUUCAACAAGGGAGCCUGAGCUUCAUCCAGGAUUUGGGGAGGCCCUGUGAGGGGGUUCUUGUUUCUAUUCCUCCGUCCAGGCUCCACCACCUCUGCACAGCUGUCCAGGUGCUGGAAUAUAAUAAACCAGCACAAUAAACCUUUAUUCAGGCCUGA